AUGAACGAGACAGAUGAUCAACGUCAAAUAAGACUUGAAAAGCAAAAACAUCAAAGCCAAUCGAGACGAGCGAUUAAGACAGAAGAACAACGUGACAAUCGUCUUCAGAACAACAGAGAACGAAUACGAUCGAUUCAGGCUAAUGAAACAGAAGAACAACGUCAGACUCGAGUCGGGCAACAAAGGGAACGAAGUCAAACAAAUAGAACUAAAAAGAAACUUGAAAAACACGCUUCUGAUAACAUUGUUGUCGAACCACAAAACAUCGAUAUGCAGUUAAAUGAAACGGAAGAGCAAGCACAUUGUGAUGAUGACAAUAUGACCGAUCUUACACAAAGCAAAAAUGCCACAAAUACAAAGAAAUGUUCCAUUUCUCCGUCUUGGCCAGAAGCGAUUUCUCGUGGCUUGAAAGAGACACGUUUGCAACGUCCGUACGGCAGUAAAAAAAUCGAAAAAAAUACUGAUCUCAAAAAUUCCUAA